CAUGGUAUAUAAAGGGCCUGGCAGCGAUUCAAAGACGUUUGACAAGGCACCCGAUAGAUCACGCCGGCGGUACGUUCCGAUGAUGGAAUUCGCCGAAUCCGGUAGCUUGGUGACAUUAGCGAUACGUGGUAAUUCCGGGGAACUUUCACGAUAAGAAGUCCUGAAAUUCUCCGCGAUGGGCCCUAGACGCCGGAGCUUUCCAAUCAGACUCUUUAGCUCCUUUUAUAAAUGAACUUUCUGCACCCUGAGUUCGUCCAACUGACCUUGUUGUCGUUAACUUUCAUCACUAAUGGGCUCGCAGUAUUCCGGUACAGAGAAGUCUGCAGAGAAGGAUGUCGGUGUCGUGGUCGCUCUUGAAGGCGAAAAACAUGGUUCGCCGAUUGAACCCAAAACGGAAGCCAGACUCUUGAGAAAGAUUGACUCCUUCUUGAUCCCAAUGCUAGGCGCUUUGUACUUUGUCUGUUUUUUGGACCGUGGAAAUAUCGGCAAUGCCAAAGUUGCCGGUAUGGCCAUUGACCUUCAUCUUGUAGGGAAUGAAUACGGUGCCGCAGUCUCGGUGGUAUACGCGACAUACGUUAUAUUCGAACCCUUCUACGCAGUGCUCUUGAAGUUGUUAACACCCAGGAUUGUUUUAUCCGUCUCUACUGUCAUUUUUGGCGCACUAACCAUUGCCACGCCGUUCUCUGGCUCCUAUGGACCCCUUAUGGCGAUUCGUGUAUUGCUCGGAUGGGCCGAAGCCGGAACGUUCCCAUGUAUCGUCACCUACCUUACAAUGACAUAUCGCAGGGAGGAGCUAGGCAUGCGUCUUGCGUACAUGUUUACCUGCUCCGCUAUUUCGGGUGCAUUCGGUGGACUUUUGGCUUACGGAUUAACACACAUCGAAACAUCCUCUGUAGCUGGAUGGCAGUGGCUAUAUAUCGUUGAAGGGCUCAUUACGAUGUGCUUGGGUCCCGUCGCUUACUUCUGGAUUCCAAACCGUAUUGAUCAAGCUUGGUUCCUGUCCGAACACGAGAAGGACUUAUGCGCCGUUCGCUAUGAGAACAACAAGACCCACUAUGACCCAGACGAGAAGUUUGAUAUCGAACAAGUCAUGCUUGCCCCUUUGGACUGGAGGACUUGGGUCCACGGCACCAUUCAAUUUGGUGCCGAUAUCACUCUCUACGCCAUUUCGACGUUCAUGCCUGUUCUUAUUAGCGAUAUGGGUUACAGCUCUUACAAGGCUCAACUCCUUACUGUCCCCGUGUAUGCUGUUGGCGCCUUGUCCUUUAUUAUUCAAGCAAAAAUGUCCGACCGCACUUUAUUACGUGGACCAUUCAUCAUGGCGAAUUUCUUGGUUCAGAUAAUCGGCUAUAUCAUCCUCACGUCUACCAAGACCAUCGGCACACGGUAUUUUGGCGUUUUCGUUGUCGCGUUAGGUCUUUAUGUACCUACCGCGUUGAAUGUUGGAUGGACGCAAAAUAACUACGGUCCCCAUUACAAGCGUGCUGCGGGCGUCGGCUUGAUGCAGUUCGUGGGAAACUCUGCAGGAGCGGCUAUCGGCGAAAUAUUUGAUUCGCGCUUGGAACCGUAUUACCACCGUUCAUACUACAUCUCCAUCGGGCUAACGGCCUUGAGCAUGAUACUUACUGCUCUUAUGAUGCUCUAUCUUCAUUUGGCCAACAAGAAGAAAGCCGCGGCUGUAGCCGCUGGCGCACCAAACGAACCUCACCUUGGCGACAAGAAUCCUCAUUUCACUUUCUUUUUGUAGUUAAAGCUACUCGGUUAGAAUGUUCUACAUUAAGACGUUGAUGGCGUUGAAGAGCAAUGAUAAUUAAUUCAUGUAAUGUCCAUUCUGGAGGUUCGCCGCCGCGACGUGCUUUGUGAACUGAUCGGGCGAUCAUCUGAAC